CCUCUGUCCACGCAUGCGCCUCGCCGUCUCAUCCGCGGCGACGUGCGGAGCUGUGUUGAGUGUUGCUUCGGCGGGGAGAGAGAAAAUGGCGGGAAGUAUGAAAGACAACCUGGCCGGGGAGCCCGGAGGAGAGGCACACAACCCGUGUGGGGGUGUGAGGACAUCGGGGACCAAGUCCUGGCUUGUAGCCGGCGUGUUUCUCUGGAGGAAUUAUGGACCGCCAAAAUAAAUGGCCAUCGGUGCUAAAACAUUGAGGAACGUCUUUCAAAGUACAUCUAUGACAAGUGUCCUGCGGGAGCUGCACAUGGUCUCGUCAAGCAGCUCCCUGACUACGACUGUAUCCGCGGUGCUGUGUGCUGCCUCCGUUUCUGAUCUCCAUCCAGUUCAGGGGGCACAUUUUUUGGAAUAA